CGGUCGCCUGGUUGCAUCCUUCCGUGAUGAUGCUGUUUCUGCUCUAGCGUAUUUUUCAUGACCGAUUUUAAUUACGGAUUUUUCGGAGAGGCCCGAAAGGGACUGGACCGACGUAUCAUCUGCAGAAGACACCAAAACAGUGUGGAAAUCGGGGCGAAGGACGGCGCAAAGGGGCCGUCGGGGCCCGGGAUCUCUCCGGCCUGAUGCGGAUGGAUGGUGCGCGGCGGCCCUUAACCUGAGUUAAAGAUAUCGCUUGCGUCUAAAACAGGAUUUGAUUCAUCCUUGUGGUUUCGUUGCAAACAAUUCGUCUCCAAAUCCAGAUUGGUGGAGAGAAGGAUAAUCGAGCUGGGACUCCCAGUCAUGGGCAACACGCCGGCCGCCAGGAGGGGAAACGAGAUGGAAAGCGUUAAAGAGUUCUUGGCCCUUGCCAGGGAAGACUUCCUCAGGAAAUGGGAGAAUCCCGCUCAGAAUACCGCAGCUCUGGAUCAGUUUGAUUUGCUCAAGACUCUGGGAACAGGCUCGUUUGGCCGUGUGAUGCUCGUGAGGCACCGGGAGAAUAGCCAGCACUACGCUAUGAAGAUCCUCAACAAGCAGAAGGUGGUAAAGUUGAAGCAGAUUGAACACACGCUUAAUGAGAAACGCAUCCUGCAGGCUGUCAGUUUUCCUUUUAUAGUACAACUUGAGUACUCCUUUAAGGACAACACUAACCUGUACAUGGUGAUGGAGUAUGUACAGGGAGGAGAGAUGUUUUCACACUUGCGCAGGAUCGGCAGGUUCAGUGAACCUCAUGCUCGGUUUUAUGCAUCUCAGAUAGUUCUGACGUUUGAGUACCUUCAUGCUCUGGAUCUCAUCUACAGAGAUCUGAAACCAGAAAACCUCCUCAUCGACCAGCAGGGCUACAUACAGGUGACAGACUUUGGCUUUGCAAAGCGUGUUAAAGGUCGCACAUGGACGCUGUGCGGCACGCCUGAGUACCUGGCCCCGGAGAUCAUCCUGAGUAAAGGUUAUAAUAAAGCAGUGGACUGGUGGGCUCUGGGUGUGCUUGUGUACGAGAUGGCAGCUGGGUAUCCUCCAUUUUUUGCAGAUCAGCCAAUCCACAUCUAUGAGAAGAUCGUCUCAGGAAAGGUGCGCUUUCCCUCACACUUCAGUUCAGAUUUAAAGGAGCUUCUGCGCAACCUGCUGCAGGUCGACCUCACCAAGCGCUAUGGCAACCUGAAAAAUGGUGUCAACGACAUCAAAGGGCACAAGUGGUUCUCCACCACUGACUGGAUUUCCAUCUACCAGAAGAGGGUUGAGGCUCCAUUUAUCCCUAAGUGCAGGGGUCCAGGGGAUACCAGCAACUUUGAUGACUAUGAGGAAGAGGAGAUCCGAGUGUCCCUCACUGAGAAGUGUUCUAAAGAGUUUGCCGACUUCUAGCGCAGCCAGGCGUGAUGAGCAAGCGAGAAUUAGCAUGAUGGAUGUAUUUUUAUGUGUGUAGAAUCAGUGCAAGCAGCUUAAAGGAGUACAGUGACGAGCCAAAAGGACAGACACAGUUGCCUUUGCCAUCCCGUUUAAUCGUUCAUGUUGAUCACAUUUAUUGUUGCUCUUUUACUUCUGUCUACAUGCGGUUCGUCACAGCGACAGGGACGCAUUCAAUGAGUCCUCACCUCAGGAGAGCUCGACUCCGCCCGGCAUCUUCACCACAGACUGUUGUGACAUAUUUUAAAGCUUUGUGUUUCUUUUUAGGCCUGUGUGUUGCUGUACUGGUUUAAUGCAUUGAAAGUAUGAUGAUGAGAAAAAGCCAUGAUUCUGUAAUGUUUAUAGUUGAGUAUAGAGCUUAUUAUUAUUAUUAUUAUUAUUAUUAUUAUUAUUAUUAUUAUUAUUAUUAUUAUUAUUAUUUGUCCCUGGAUCUGCCUGCAUCUCAGCAUUGGUCUCUAAAGUGUUAUGUACAGAAAAUGUGCCAUGAGCCAGAGCUCUUCGACAGAGCUUGAUGGUAGUUAGUCGAUUAAUGUAUAUGAGUCUGCUGAAGUUCAGGAGCAUGUGCACUCCGUGCCCUUUAAAACGUGAGGAGGUUACAGAGAACAAAACCUGACAUUACACUUUCAUUUACAUUUUUUUCCUGAAGGGAUUUGUGUUUUUGUUGGUUAACCGCUGUUUCCGUGCUGCUGGAGAAUAUAUCAGGAAUGUUAAAAGUUAAGUUUCAAUGCUUCCGCUCUACAAGCUGACUCUACAAACUCAUUGCUGGGUGUAAAUUCGAUAUGGCGUAUUGAUCAGAAAAUGAAUGAAAACUUUUUAUUUGUAUCAGUUGUGAUGUCACAGUCGCCCAACCAUUGGCUAUUUCUGCAAGAUUUCCAUAAAAAAGAGACAUUUUUGCUGUUUUAUGCUGCUUUCACACUUUCACACUGUUACAUUUAAUUUAAUUUAAGAAAAAACUGAACACAUCACAUUUUUGUUUUGUUUUUACAUGAUGAUGGGUCAGUAUUGUUUACAGCUGGAACUCUGAUGGUAUGUGAAUGAAUUAACAUACAGGAAAGUAACUGAUCAGAUAUAAAAGCACCUUUUGUGCUGAUAUGAAAAAAGGGAGUUAGAAAAUAUGCACACAGUAAACAAUGUUCCUAAUAGUAGUGGCUAACUAGCCUAGCUUGCACUCUAGAUUUUUUAUUAUCACCCAUGUAGAUGGAACUCUGAUUGGUGUGAAUCUGGAGAUGAGGGGGUUGUUUGAAUUUGCUGUAGCUUUGGAGUCAGAAAAUCAUGAGAAUAUUCUUUAAAGUCACCACCAACUAGCAUCCUGAUUGGUCUCACAUUGGGUGCUUGAUGUGACUCAGUGUUUUUCUGAAAUUCUUUUGAAAUUAUGUUGUGACCAGAAAACAUUAAAGGCAGCUCUUUUUUAACAUUGCUGAAUUCUGCCUGCCUUGCUGAUGGAUUACAUGUAAAAUAUGCACUGACGGAUUGAGAAAAAAUAGUGUGAAAGCAGCCUGAUUUAUUUACUUAUUAAGCAAUAUUUUAAUGAAUUGUGUAACACUGUGGGCUGUCAACAUUCAAAUAACACUGAGUGGCAAUCAGAUCAGUGUCAUCAAUCACAGCUCAUGUAUACAGAACUAGCGCUCUAGCUUGGAGGAUGAACCUGUUAGUCCUCACCAUCCCGGAUUGUUAAUUGGAGACUCAGUGGAAAUUUGAUAUGAAAAUUCAAUUGUGCUAUGUUUGUGCCUUCAGAAGAAACUUUUGUGCUAUUUUACGUCUUAAAUUUAAGCGAUAGUAUGUUGUUUUAAAUCUGCGCUGUCACUCUUCAAUAUUUUGGUGCAAUUAGAAUGUUGUGUUGAUGGUUUGCUGAAUGGUGUGAUUCACUUUUUUAAGUUAACAAAUUGAGAAAUAAGAGCACAAAUGUCUGAAUGCGCAAUGGUACAGUAGUGCUAGUGGACAAAACUCUUUUGGUGCGAAUUGGCUGAAUGACGUUAAGAAUUGUAAUUUUUAACGGCUAAAUCUUUUGAACACAAUAUACUGGAACAGUGAACAGUGUUUGCUUUAUAAAGGAGUUUUUACAUUGAAACUUUUAAGGGUCUGUUUUAACCUGGUAUCCUGCUCAUUUUAAGCAGAGUUUAGAAACGACUUAAGACUUCAGUGGCUCAAGUGCACCACGAACAGAUUGCUGUUUUUAUUUGUUUUCUCUUUAUAUAUUGGACUGCUCUAAUCUCACCAUUUAGUGAGGAGACAAAAAGCAUGACUGAUGUGAAGAUCCAUCCAGUUAUCCUCAGGUUAUCCACAAAAUCACAACAGCAUUCCAGUCAGGUCUGUCUGCAGAUCCCAGACUACAGAAGGUGUAUGUUUGAGUGUAUUUGUGUAAAUUCAGUGAUUUUAGUAGAGCAACACUGAGUGGGCCAUAGAUGUGAAGGUGGGCGUGUCUUUGAGUCAAUAUAUAGAAAAGCCUUCAAAAAAAAAAUUUUCUUGGUCCACUGGAUAACAGAAACUAACCUGUCAGUAUAUACUGACAGGAUGUUUACACCAUAUUUAUAAAUGUUUCUUAUUUAUCUGAGAGAACCAAUGAUUUGUACUAUUUUUUUUUAAUUCUGUAUGAAACUCAAGCAUUUGAAUAGUGUUCAUGCUUGGGUUCAUAUGGCUUUAUGACAUGCCCAUUGGUUUGCAGACAGAUCUUCCUCCACGAGCAGGAAUGUGUGGGAGGGGAAAUGAGCAGUAGACUGAAAGAGAGUGAGAUGGUGAGGAUGCACUUAGUAUUUUCCAUGUGUUAUUUACAUUCAGGUGCCCAAGUAAAGCAAUUUGACUUGCAUUUGAAUGAUUGUGAGAGGACAAGUCCAAUGACAUGCCAAAAUGAGCAACUUUCUACCGUUUCAUUUCGAACCUUGGCUCUCCUGAGUCUCAGCUCGUUGGCUGUACAUCUUUCUUCCCUUUUAUAAACUCCAUAAAUCAUUUCCUUAGCUGGUAAAGUAUGUUCUUCCUCGGCAGACGGGUAAAGUGAAACUGGCUUCUUCUCUGAAUUUUGUAAUGCACAAGUAGGUUAACUCUUCAAAUUCUACAGCAUCAUUUACUAACUGAAGACAUGGCGGAAAAAAAAAUA